AUGCCUGCGGGUACACCGCUUUCGCCUGGCAUGCAGGCUAACUUCAAGGGCUUUACAUUCGUGAAUGAGAGCUCUAUUGACCACCAUGUUAAGAUUGAGCCGAGUGAGGAAGACAUGGAAGAUGAUACCCUUCUUGCCGAAGAUUCGUGGCAUCGCGGCCACCGACUGACCAACUCAACGGAUCAACGUAUGAGUGGCGCUCACAAGGUAUCCGAGGGCACCGAUUCUGGGAUUUUUAAUGUUGAUGAGAACUUUUGA